UCAGGAUGUCAAUGCUAAUACAGUAACAAAAUGGUAGAGGCAGUGGAACCACUAGUCAUUGACAGCUUGGCGGACAUUAGAUCAUCGGAAGAAAAGAGAGGAAGUAUUGUGUCAGAUGCCAGAGCUGAUGUUCCAGCUGAUUCUCCAUCUAGUGAUGGAUAUGAAACAGAUCUAGAAAUCGAAGAGGAGAAAACAAACUAUGACACUACCGGUAGAGAGGUUUAUGUCAAUCAAUGCAAGUCUUUGAACAUCAUUCCUGUCAGUUAUUUCUUGCGUAAUAUGCAAGGUAGUGAAAUACAUAUGUCCCAUCAUGGACUUGGACCAAAAGGUACCAAGGCAAUUGCACUUGCUCUUGUUAACAAUACCACAGUUCUGAAGCUUAACCUCGCAGAUAAUGCUCUAGAAGCAGAGGGUGGACUUUAUAUUGCCAACAUGUUGAGAGAAAAUUGUUACAUAACUGUUCUUGAUCUUAGUGAAAACAAGCUUGGAACAGCAGGAGCUAAAAGUUUGGGAGAUAUGCUCCAUAUUAACGUUAAUUUAAAGGAGGUUUACCUAGCAGGGAACAGUUUUACAGACAAAGAUAUUGAGCAUUUUUCUGAGGUUAUGAAAGAUUUCCGUCUAACCCAUUUUGAUUUGAGUCGCAACUGUAUUGGAGAAAAAGGAGGGCUUCUUUUUGGACCAGCUGUCGCAGCAAAUGAAAGCUUAGAGUAUCUCAAUCUGUCAUGGAACAAUAUACGUAGGAAAGGUGCCAUUGCAAUUGCAAAUGGUUUAAAGAACAAUGUGAUGUUGAAGCACAUGAACCUUUCUUGGAAUGGAUUUGGUGAUGAGGGUGCUGUUGCAAUUGGAGAAGCUCUUAAAAAUAACACAAUACUUACUUGGUUGGAUGUCAGCCAUAACAGAAUUACAGCUGAAGGUAUCAAAUUCCUCGCAAAGGCAGUGGAAGCUAAUGAAGGUUUAAAAUAUUUUGGCGUUGCUCAUAACCCAAUUACUUCAUCUGGUGCUUGUCUGCUUUUGGAAAGUUUUGGCAAAAACAGUAGUGCUGUCAUUGAAACUGUCGACAUAACAAAUGUACGAGUAAAUGAAGAUUUGUGGGCUGCUCUUAGAGAAGCUAAGCAGAUUCUGACAAAUUUAAAAGUUAUUCAUCAACCCUUCAUGGAGGGAAGAAAGAAGCCCAACCCAAUUGCAUCCCUUAAAGAUUGGUUGGGCCAUAAUAAACAUUUUGAAUUAGUAGAAGUGUUCAAGAGAUUUGAUGAGGAAGAAACAAUGGAGGUUUCUAAGGAGGUACUGCAUGAAGCCUUCCAGCAAGCACAUUUACCGUUUGACAAAAACAAUAUGGAGAUGCUGAUAGAUCAGUUAGAUGGUGAAGGUAAGGAGGGUGUUAACUACACCACAUUGAUAGACAGUGAUCAGGUAAAAUGGUUAGAUGAGUGUCUUGUCAGAUACAAUGCUAAUAUAAAGGAAUAAGUAAUUUAAAAGUUGUGCUAAUUCUUAUAGAUCACUUUUCUGAUGAGUUUGUUGGCCUUCCAAUCAGGAUAAAAACUAUCCAUAAUUCAGAAUUUUGGAGUCAAUAUAAUAGACAUUCAGUGUUCCUUCUAAUUUAUUUUGUAAUGUAUUGAGUACAUUUUGUCGACCGAAAAGCAAGAUAUUUAUUUUCCAAAGAAUGUUUAUAUUAUUGAAGAUAAUCCUAUUUGAUGUGAUUGAGUGUAAUUAUUUGUAUAUGGAAGAUUUUUACCUAA